AUGGCUGUUCACAGUAAAAAAGGCGCAUCCGCAAAGACGGAGAAGAAGACAAAGGCCAGCAAGGGUGCCGACACUGCACUUCCGCCAAAUUUGAUCUCGGUGCUCUCGCUGUUCUUUUCUGAAAAUGGGUUUCCAUCUACAGGCGCAGCUUUUACCAAGGAGCUGGCCAAAAAGUCCAUCAAAGCGCCUGAAACGGACUCGAAAGAUGUACCCUCUCUACUAGAAAUUUUCCAAACCUCCGAAGCCCAAGCGGACGGCAAGACGGCUUCCAGCUCCUCUGGCAGCUCAUCUUCGCGCAGUGACAGUGAUGCCGAUAGCUCAUCAGACUCCGACUCAUCUAACUCUGAUGUGGAGAUGUCCGAGGCACCAAAGCCUCAGCGGAAGAGACGCGAUUCGUCCUCUUCAGCUUCCUCGUCUUCGUCUUCAUCUUCUUCGUCAUCUUCUUCUUCGUCAUCUUCUUCUUCGUCAUCUUCUUCUUCGUCGUCCUCUUCGUCCUCAUCCUCGUCGAGUUCUGACAGUGAUGCUGAUGAUGAAGACGAGGACGAGGUAGCGCCUGCCCCUGGCCCUGCUUCUAAAGGAGUUAAGCGGAAGGCUGAAUCAAGCUAUUCUUCGUCCUCGGGAUCUGAUUCAGAGGAAGCUCCGAAAGCAAAGAAGACCAAAGUAACAUCGGUGGCUAAGGAAUCCUCUUCGUCCUCAUCGGACUCUGAAUCCGAUGCCUCUUCCAGCUCUUCUUCAAGCUCCUCGUCCAGCUCGUCCAGCUCUUCUUCAAGCUCCUCGUCUAGCUCGUCCAGCUCAUCGUCGGAUUCAUCUUCCGACUCAUCUGAUUCCUCGUCCUCGUCCGACUCUGAAUCUGAAUCCGACUCCGCCAAAAAGGCAGACAAGAAGGCCCUCAAAACCGCCACCAAAACGCCCCUUCCUCCUUCUGACUCGAGCUCCAGCGAGUCCUCAGAUGACUCCUCCGAGGGGUCCUCUAGCACUAGCGGUACACUACAGAACUCUGAGUCCGAAGCUCCUGCCAAAACGGCUGCUGCCGCAUCCCAAGCCCCUAUCUCUUCUAGCGCUAGCCCAGCUCCAGGAAACGACAACGGAAACGGCAAGAGAAAUCACACCGGCACUCGUCCUACGCCCCUAGCAGCCCUCAGCGAGCUUCCUCAUGACCACCCGUCCAACACCUACAUCCCUUACGCAUACGCCGAGAAGGCUUUCAAAGAUCUCUCUGUGACUCGCGGCAAGGGAUUCACUAAGGAAAAGAACAAGAAGAAGCGUGGCUCGUACCGUGGUGGCCCUAUCGACAUCGGUGGCGGAAAGUCGUUCAAGUUCGAUGACUGA